CCCCGCUGUGCAACAUCCUCCCCUAACUUCCACCUCCCUAACCUCUCCUCCAGUAAUCUCCACCUCCUCAGCUUCCAGAAGGUCCUCCCUAGCCUCCCCUCGCCAGUCUCUCCACAGCGAGCUCAGGGUCGGGCUCAGGCAAGCUCCAGGAUUGUAGCCGAUCAAAGGUUGGAAGAGUUGCUUCUGGAAUGAAAGGGGCGGAACUUUUCUGAAAACGAAAGCAAGGGGUCUUAGAAGAGAGUGGGCCUGGGCGGUCCUGUGGCUGGGAAGCCCCAGCUUUUGGCCAAUCAAUCGGGCUGCUCUGGAGGCCUCCCGGCCGGGACCUGGUCUCAGGAUCCUCCAGCUUGGCUGACUUCCCCAGUAUCUCUUCUGCCUGGGUACAGCUGUCUGCUUCACAAGUAAGCUCUCCUGCUGCCAAGAUGCCAUUACCACAGACAGUGGCCCCUAGGCCGGAGCUUCAAAGACCCAAGGAGCCUAGGAAGUCACAGACCCUACCUCAGAGCACCAGGAAGUCCAACAGUAUGAAAGAUUCAAGCAUGUACCACAGCGACACCAUGAAACCCAGCCUGAGCACCCUGAAGCGGACCUUCUUCCGGACCAGCCUACCACCACCUUCAACCCACAAGCCCAAGGAGGACCCAGGCCUGCUCAGGCGAAGCUCCCGAUCCCUCUUCAGGUCCUUGAGACGGGCCCUGGGUGAAGGCCUAACGGCCGUGCAUCCCCAAAUUUCUGCUAUACCAGAGAAGCCCUCCAAGGUCACCACAGAUGGCAUUAGCCGGCAGGCAUCCGCUGGGAUGGGGCCUGAGGAUCUGGAGCCGAAAGCAGAAAGCAAAUCCGUGGCAGACCUCAUCACCGAGAGGCAACUAGUGAAGGCCUUUGAACAGUUGCAGGACCUGGAGACGCGGCUGGUAGCCGACAAAACCUCACGCACCUUUGCGCCGGACCCCACCGCCUAUGCGCGGCGCGCUAUGGACCUUUGUCUGCAUUACGAUGGAAUGGCUGCGGAGAUCGGAGCCAUUGUGCGCGAGGCUCUGGGUUCCGAAGGCGUGGAUCGAGACGCUCUAGCGGAAUUGGCCCAGGUGGUGCAUUUGGAAGAGGAGGCCCAUCAGGCCCCCCAAGCCGAGGGUGACUUCUUGAGUACACCCCGCCACUGGCGUCAGCACUGGGAGGACGCAGUGCGGCUCAGCGCUCAAGAGCGCGUGCAACAGGCAGGCGCCAAAGUCGCCCCAGGGGCUGCCGCGGAGGGCGCGUCCGACCUAGCCCAGCUUCUGGCUGAGCUCGGUAGCGUGGUUCGCCGCGACCUGCAGAAGGUGCGAUUAGAGAUGCAGCCCGCUUACGAAGACACGGACUUCCCAGUGUGGGAGACCUACUUACGAGCCUUCCACAGCGCGGUGGCCCAGCGCCUUCAGGAGCUGGCGCGAGACGCCCGCGGCUGUGAGCAGCUUUAUGUGCUGUUAGACUGGGCAGCUAAUGUUUAUGGCAGUCCUGACUUCCUGGGCGCCCCAGACUUGGCACUGCCCACCGAACCGCUGCCCCCACUCCUAGAGCCUGCCCUGUGGGCCCGACUGGAAAGCGACUACACUAGCUUCCUAGAGACCAAGAUCACAAGCUGUUUUGACACCAUCUUGCAGCUAGAGCAGAGUCGCUGGGAAGCUGAAGAGGACCAGGAAGUGCUGCAGGGCCUCUACCACUCACCCCUGUCCAUCGAUGUGCACAUGCUCGUGGCUGAGCACGCGAAGGCGGCCGGCGCUAUCUCCGCGGAGCUGGAAGCCACCACCCUGCAGAUCUGCGCGCGCGCGCUCUGCCUCUUCGUGCCCAGGUUUGAAAAGGCUUUUCUGGCGUCGAAGGCUGUGAGCGAGUGGUACCUGGGCGCCUACAUUAACGCCUGUGUGGAGCUGAGAACCAGUCUUCUGGCCAGGUUCCCAGGAACCAUAAAGGAACUAGAGAAACCCCUGGUGGCUGCCACCAAUAGCUUCCAGAAGCAUUUGCUCCAGAUUGUCCAGCAAGACAUGCAGCCACUAUUCAAGGUACUGUAUACCAAGAGCUGGCUCACACAAGACACACUGCGUCCCCUCAUGGACAGGGUGGUGGACUUUGCACAUCACCUUGAGCAUGUGACUCCACCACUGGCACAGGAGACUCUGCAGGAAGUGCAUCGGUUUGUGGUCCGAGAAUACCUCGGGCAAGUGCUGAGGCCCCACGAGAGAUUCAGUGGCCUGAAUCGUGUGAACGGCUCCCAUAAGAUGAGCCUGGAUGCCCAGGCCAUUAGCAGCACCUUCCAGGGCCUGGGAUCUAAAGCCACGUGGCUGGACCAAGCUAUCCUGUGCGUGGCUGAGAUCCUGGGCGAGACAUACAAAGAUGACAUCCGGCGGCACCUGGAGACACUUAUACGGAGCUACCCGGACAUCAGGCGUGACCACAUUCUGGCCAUCCUGGCGCUCCGCAGACUCGGCCGCCGUCGAAACCAGCAUCUCCUGCACCACACCCAAGACCUGCUGAGGGCAGCCCAUGAGACCAGGCCCUCCUCACACCGAGUGCUCUUUGAGGAGAUUGAAGUGCCCACCUCUGUGGACGUUCUUAUCACCUGCAUUUAGGGCUGACUGGCAGGCAGAAGCCUGGGGAGGGUCUGUCGC